AUGGAAACCAGGUACAACGCCGCUUCGGCUUAUGAACAAAAUAUACCAGGUCAGGUAAUGAACUCCACAACUUUAACAACACCAGUUCCUGUUGACGAUUUGCAAAGAUUUUACGAUUCCUAUGAAGACAUGGCUUAUAACACUUUUGAAUACCCCGGUGAAUUAGAGAACCUGAGAAAAGUUUGGGUACGUGAGCCUCAUUUUAUUCCGACAAUAACUGUUUACGGAUUGACAUUCCUUACGGGUGCCAUUGGAAAUAUUUUGGUGAUUUUUGCAGUUUUGGGAGACCGGAAGUCCCGCAGUGUGACUUCUACAUUUAUGGUCAGUUUAGCAGCAGCAGACAUACUGUUUUUAGUUGUAUGUGUCCCCUAUGAGACAGCGCGCUAUGUCGUUGACCACUGGACGUUUGGAGAUAUUCUCUGCAAGUUUUCGGGAUUUGUGGAGAUGUUGUCAGCGUCCGCUUCCAUUCUUAACUUGUCAGCAGUCAGCGUGGAAAGGUUUAUUGUUAUAGUCCUGCCGAUCAAAUCACGUACAUGGUGCACUGCGGGAAAUACAAAGAAAAUCCUCCUCCUUGUUUGGUCUGUCGCCAUUUGUCUUGCGUCGCCACCUCUCUACGUCAUGGGAGUAGAAACAACAACUUAUUUCAAAAAUGACACCUCCAUUGUCAUACACAACUGCGCAGAUACAGCAUUUGAUGACACCUUCCGGUUAUCAUACGCCAUCUACCGGUUGCUUGUCAUGUUCGCCCUACCUACCGUAAUCAUGGUGAUCUGUUACUCGGGCGUCAUAUAUACACUGUGGCUCAGCUCACGACAGCUCAGCAAACUCACCUCAGGAGCAAGGAGUUUUCACUCUUCAACAAUCUCUUUGGAAAGAUCAUGUCUAAGACAACAUCCGCCACAUUCAGUAACAUUGGUAACCGGAAGUCCAUACCGGAUCCGGAAGUUCAACGUUCGCAAUGGUGUCCAAAGCCAUGACCGCAGUAUGGAUGUUUUAACAGCUAGAAAGCAGGUAAUCAAAAUGCUCAUCGCCAUCGUUGUGGUUUUCUGUUUUUGUUGGGGACCAAAACUUAUCUAUUCUGUGUUACUCCGACUGAACUUACCUAUACUGUACUACCCCGAAGCCUUCACUACAAAAAUCAUUUUGGAUUGUCUCCCCUAUGUACAGUCCUGCCUGAACCCUAUUAUAUAUGGUUUUAUGUCUCGUAACUUCCGGCGGAGUAUGAUGGCCGCCUGCCGACGAAACUAUUGUCUUUGUCGUUUCUUAAAGUGUUUCGCAAUGAAGAAAGUAAUUUUAACAGACUACGAGUUAGACUCGAAAGCAAGUAAUGGGACAUCUCAGACAAGACUCACUGUACACAACGCAGCCCUGGAGGAUUACCAUAGUAACGUACAAAGAGGAAAUAACUGUGUCUCAUAA